AUGAGUUCUUCAACAUCACUGCGCCAUCAGGUCAUUCGCAUCUACAAGGAAUUGCUGUACCUAGGUCGCGAAUACCCACUAGGAUACGACUACUUUCGUCCGCGUCUGCACAAAGCAUUUUCCAGCAAGGCAAAUCUCACCAGCGAGACUGAGAUCAAGAAGGGAAUUGAAAGUGCAGAAUACGUCAAGAAGGAGAUUGAAGCAUUAUAUUACCUCAAACGCUACCGGGCUCUUAAGCAACGAUACUCCACGCCACAAUGA